AUGGGCCUUGGGAUCCUGGAGGAUUCCCGCCACGAGCACGUCCCAGGAACCUCCUUUAUCCUCGACGAUGACAGCAGCAUGUCAGCACAGCUCAGCCCAUCCCCAACCCUCAAAUACGACCGCUCAGGUCCCGUCCCCAUCAUCCUCGUCCCUCAACCCAGCGAUGACCCAAAUGACCCCUUGAACUGGCCCCUCCACAAGCGCGACACUAUCCUCGCAAUCCUCUCCCUCGUCUCUGUCCUUUGCGCAACAACCAGCCCCCUGCUGGCUGCGAACACCGCAACCAUCGCCAUUGGCUUCAGAGUUAGCUUCACGAAAGCAGCCCUGCUGACGGGAUAUCAUCUCUGUGGCGUGGGUGUGGCCGGUUUGCUCUUCGUCCCCUCUGCACGGGUAUGGGGGAAACGCCAUCUAUACCUGCUCGGAUGUGUGAUUAUGAUAGUCAGCUCCGCGUGGGGAGGGGCUAGUCGCAGGUCCUAUACGAGUCUGCUGUGGGCGAGGAUUUUUCAGGGCAUCGGGUUGGCGCCGUUUGAGGCGUUGGUUAAUGCGAGCGUUGGGGACUUGUUUUAUGUGCAUGAACGCGGCAAACGCAUGGCACUGUCCAACGUAGCCCUAUUCGGCGGCUGCUUCCUAACCCCCGUCAUCGUCGGGAAACUCACCGCUUCACUGGGCUGGGAAUGGUCGUUUUAUUUUCUUGCCAUCUUCUCUGGCGUCUGUCUGCCAUUUCUCGUCUUUUUUGUGCCUGAAACGGCUUUCAGGAGACCUGACCACUUUAAUACGGAUAUCGAGGGGGAGACUUCAUGGACAAGAGUGCCUAAAGAGACUUCCACGAGUGCUGCGGCAAACGCGCCCCCUCCUGAGACUGAGACUUCUUCCCCUGACACAGCUGCUGUUGAAAUACCUGCAGAACAUGAUGCGGGUUGUAAAGAAGCUGCCAUUGGCCUGUCGACAACGACAAUGUCAGCGACCCCACAGUCCGGGGACGAGUCGAAAGAGGAACAUGAACAAGACAAACAGCCGGAGCAAGAACAAAAUCGAGAACAAGAGGCCAAAGAUGAUGACAUCAUCAGCAAUACCAUAGGAAUUGCUGAUGCUGAAAGAGCAACAGCAGCCCCCAAUACCCCAUCUAAGACCACAUACUGGCAAACCCUGAAACCCUUCAACGGCCGCAAGACAGACGAGAGUUAUUGGAAACUCCUCCUUCGCCCAAUACCCCUGUUCCUCCACCCGGGAAUCCUAUGGGCCUGUCUAAUCCAAGGCGUCCUAAUCGGUUGGACAGUCUUCAUCGGCGUCGUCCUCGCCGCAAUCUUCCUUGGCCCCCCACUCUGGUUCACAGAAGUCGAAACCGGCUACCUCUACACUGGCGCCUUCGUCGGCUCCAUAUGCGGCCUCCUCCUCUCCGGCCUCCUGUCGGACUGGAGCGCCAAACUGCUCAUAAAGCUAAAUAAGGGCGUGUACGAGCCUGAGUUUCGAAUCGUGCUGGUCCUGUUCCAGCUUGUGUUUAGCUGCAUUGGGCUCUAUGGAUUUGCGUUCGCUUCGUCGGAUGUGGUGAAGUAUGGAUAUGUGGUUCCAGAUGUGUUUUUUGCGUUUAUCAUUGUGGGGAUGGUCAUGGGGGCUGUGGCAAGUGCGUUGUAUGUUGUUGACGCGCAUCGCCAAAUCGCCGUCGAAGCCUUCACCUGCCUUCUCGUCUUUAAAAACAUGUUCAGCUUCAUCCUGACAUACUUCGCCUACAACUGGGUUGUUCUCGCGAAUCCGAGAACGGUUUUCCUCACCAUAGGUAGUGUUCAGGUUUGUGUGUGUUUAUUGAGUAUACCCAUGUACAUCUUUGGCAAACGCAACCGCUCAUACUUUCAUCGACAUGAUAUCCUCAAGAUGCUAAAUCUGUGGUGA